AUGGCGACGAACGAACUGGCGGCGAUACUCGCGCGACGCCGCGCCAAAGCCGGCGGGGAGAGCGCGUCGGCGGCCCCUGCGGUCGAAGAGAGCACUCCUCCAGCUGGGAAGACGGCGUCAUCGGCUGCUAAGAGCUCUAUUGCUGAGCGGAUCGCGCGUCUCAAGCAGCAAAGUGCAGCCGCUAGCGCCGCAGCAGAAGCGGCUCCUGCGCCAGCUUGUAGCCAAUCAGAGACGUCUUUGGAGCCAGCAGCAGUGGAGACGGGACAAGAAGACGGUAGUGGCUGUACGGCAGCAGCAUCGGAGGGUGUGGAUACGUCGGCUGUUGCUGCUGCUCAAGAGGCGGCUGGACUUCGUCGAGCGUCGAGCAAGAUCCAGCAGCUCCAGGGCAGUCUUGGGAUCAAUGUGAACCCAUUUGGACGUCCAUCGGGACCGGUGAAAAGUGGGGGCAGCCGACAGCCUGUCGGGUACCAACGAGAGUCGAUCAUGAGCACUGGAGAGGAGCAAUAUGGACACACGAAACACGCGAUGGGUGUUGCUAUGCCCGGUAUGAUGGGGUCGGCGAUUCCAAUGCCUGGGUUGACAAAGCGGGAAUUCCGUCUCCCUGGAGCGGCUGUAGAAGGGGAGCAAAGCGCUGAGGCUUCGACUGCAGCACUGGACAACUCACAUACGACAAUGAACCGUGUGGCAGGACCCAAGCGUCGAGGUCCGAUGCGACCACCGCCAGGAGCUUUCCGGAUCCCGGCGAUGACGGUGCCUCGAGCCAACGAUGUUGAGCCUGAUGCAGUACCUGCAGCUAAGCCUGCCGUUGUUGUGGCAUCGGCACUUGCUCAGGACGCGAAGCCAGAGGCUCACGAAUAUGUAGCUAUGGGAUCACUACCAUCACCUGUAUCUGCGGAAGCUGCUCGUAGUCCAGCUACAGUGUACGCACCCGUGUCGAUGCACACGCCCACGCCGUCCACUUCUGUACCAGCUCCUGUAGCCGCAGCGGAUUUGCAGAAGCUACCGGAGCCCGAGCCGUUGCCGCCGAUGAAACCCUACGAGAUUCAAGACGAUCCAUUUGCGCCAACAUACGAGGCCCCUGCGGAGCUACCCGAUGCACCGGCUGGGUUCCCUAGCGCGUUGAUGGCGAAUUUCUCCAUGGAUGAGCUUGUAGUCACUGACCAGCCAAAGCCAAAACCAUCAGCACCGUCGAGUUUGCAUUCGACACCUGCUUCGUCGUCAUUUGGAGCGACUAGUGGGCCCGCACCGACCUCGAGGGUCGCGCAGAAGCCUUUUGCACCAGUGCCCGCCGAAUCAGUCGAGACCCCCCUUCCAGCACCUGCAGUUAUUACGCCUGCUUCAAACCUUGAGCGACCCGCUUCUUCGACGAUUGCUACACCUGCGCUGGUUCUCGAUCCUCCUGCUUCUCCGGUUCUCGAACCUCCUGCUUCUCCGGUUCUUGUGCCUGCGCCAGCUCCAGUGGUGUCUUCGCCGACGCCGACGUCCGUACCCGUAUAUGCAUCGACGCCAACUCUUCUGACAGCAGUUCCUGCCGCCACGCCGGAGCCCGCACUUGUAUCGACCCCUACGCCAGCUGUAGCCGCAGUUCCAGCAGGUCCGGUCCUAUUCGGUGCUGCUGCUUCGGCAGCCUCGGACGAUGACAACUCGAGCGAGAGUGACUGGAGCGACGGCGAUGAUGAUGAUGACGACAAUGGUGGCCAGUCAUUGUUCGGUGGAAAAACUGCAGCCGCCAAACCGGAGACGAUGAGUUCCUCUCCGACCCUUGUGACGCCGACACAGUCCACUCCAGAGUGUCACCACGCCCCGGCGCUCAGUGGUGGAAACCUCUUUGGCGAUCCGUCCAGCACGUCAGCGUUUGUGCCUGCUGCUGCAACGCCUGGAUUCGUGCAGGCUGCACCUCAGACUACCAUACCUCCAGCGCCUUACAGUUCGCUCUUCGGUGGAGCUGCCAGCAGCAGCAGUGAAAGUGACAGUGACAGUGACGAUGAAGGUGGCCUCUUUGGCACCUGA